AUGUUCCCUGAUGGCUCGUUUGAUGGCGGCGCCUCGCUUCAAAUCAGUCACGCGGUUCCCAGUGGCGAUCUCGCAGAGAGGACAAAUCAGUUUCCGGGUCCGCAUCUUUCCAAAUAUGAUCAUCGUGUGUCCAGACCAACGUACUCUAUUGGAGGUGGACAGUCAACUGGCACUGGCGCUUUUCGCCCGCUCCAGGCAUGGCGGCACAUUGAUGACUCUCCGCUUGUCUCGCUUUCAAACAGCCACCCCCUGGCAGACGUUGACUCGCGACGUGUUUGGCGUGAGCCUCGGGCCAGACGGGCCUCGCCGGUGGAUGUCAAGUCUCGACUGUGGACAUUAAGCAGCCUUGGCAGGAGGUUGGUUAAUCGAGCUUAUCUCCAAAACGAGUUUAGCGAGGACCACAUCGUGAAGAUUCUCGAGGGAAAUUCCACCAAUGGCCCAGAUUGGGCUUAA